AUGGCUUCAUACGACAGCGACUCCGACCUCGAGGACGAGAACUUUACCGAGACAAAUGUUCUGCUCGGGUACGCGACAAAGGAUGUAGCAGACGACACAACCAGCCAGUUGGGCGGGCACGCUACAUGGCUCGAUGAGCAGACAACGCCACCUGGCGAUUUGGCCAAGUGUAAGAGCUGCGGUGGUCUCUUGACAUUGCUUCUGCAGUUGAAUGGCGACCUACCGGACCGCUUCCCUGGACACGAGCGACGACUGUACCUAUGGGCAUGCAAGAGAAAGGCCUGCAGGAGGACGGUUGGAAGUGUGAGAGCUUUCAGAGCCAUUCGCGCCUCUGCCAUUCCCGCCGAGUCCGAGAAGGCCAAACAGCCCAAGCAAGAAACACCAAAGGAGGCACCUGCCCCAGCUGCGCCAAAGACGAACCUGGGCGAGUCUCUCUUCGGUGUCAAGUCCCCUGCCUCCGCUUCAUCUUCUAUCAACCCUUUCGCUACUGGCGGUGCUUCGUCUCGUCCCGCGAAUCCUUUCUCCUCCUCUCCCGCUCCUACUCCCGCAGCUCCCACACCGACCGCGACAGAAACGACACCAUCUCUCUCCGAGACGUUCGCCUCGAAAGCCCGUAUAUCCAGUCCUGAGCCCAGCUCUGUUCCUGCCACCACAUCAGCUGGCCCUCGCGAGCCAUGGCCUCCACAAUCCGCCUUCCCUCCGCCAUACCCUUCCCACUACCUUGACGCCGACUACGAAACACUGGAUAUCGAGAAACCAGAAAUCCCCGCCCAGACACGCGUAGAUAUGGACAUUGACAACGUUGACGGCGCCAGCGGUGCAGGAGCAGAUAUGGACGUCAAGGAUGCCUUUGAGUCAAGCAUGGACAAAGCCUUCCAACGCUUCGCCGACCGCAUGUCGCAGAACCCUGAACAGAUCUUGCGUUACGAGUUUGCCGGUCAGCCUCUGCUGUAUAGCAAAGCAGAUGCUGUUGGAAAGUUAUUGGGAGCACACCAGGAAUCUGCUGCUUCAAACGCAAAGGUCAAGACCUCAGGUGCCAAGUCCGGUAUGCCCAAGUGCACAAACUGUGGCGCUGAGAGAUUGUUCGAGCUCCAACUUACUCCUUAUGCUAUCGUCGAACUCGAGGCCGAAGAGCUUGGUCUUGAGGGCAUGGAGUGGGGCACCAUUAUUCUCGGUGUGUGUUCAAAGGAUUGUGUGCAGCGUGGUCAAAAAGAAGGAGAGGUUGGCUAUCUUGAGGAGUGGGUCGGUGUACAAUGGGAGGAGUUGACUGGCAAGAAGUAA